AUGGGGAACUGCUGCUGCCGCGGCUCGGAGGCCUUCGAGGGUGACUUCGUGGGAUUCGACCUGACGGGUCCCAACGACCCCAAAGUGAUCGCCCAGGACACAUGCUUCACGGAGGAUGAGGUGUACGCCCUGUUCGAGCUGUUCCGGGAAGUCAGCACGUCGGUCGUGGCGGACGGCCUCAUUCACAAGGACGAAUUCAGUGUCGCGAUUUUCAAGACUUCGCAAAUCAACCUGUUCGUCGAGCGCGUAUUCGAGCUGUUUGAUACCAAGAGGAAUGGAGUUGUGGACUUCGGGGAGUUUGUGAGGUCGCUGAGCGUGUUUCAUCCUCAGGCCCCCCUCAGGGACAAAGUCGACUUUGCUUUCAAGAUUUAUGACAUGAAGCACACUGGAGUGAUCGAGAAGGAUGAGGUGUUCAAUUUGCUGUCGGCUCUGCUGCACGAGAAUCCAGAUCUGAGGUUGCCCAAAGAGGCGGUGGCCGACCUUGUUGAUCGGACCUUCCAAGAGGUGGACAUUUCGAAAUCAGGGUACAUAUCCAUGGAGGAAUGGCACAACCUGUGCUCCCAAAAUCCCACCGUCAUCAGCUACAUGACCCUGUCGGUACUCAAAGAGCUCACCACGCGCUACCCAAGCUUUGUGUUCAGGAAGCAAACAUGA